AUGACUCAAGACGGUAGCCAGAUACUUCCCUGGAAGCGCAUGUUGGAGGAAAUUACAAAUGUGAACGACUUGACAGAGAAAAGGAUUCUCAGUCUGCGAUCUCUAGCAUUCAGUGCUAUCUAUUUGCCACUAUUAAAGGUUAACAAAAAGGCCUUUGCGAAAUGGACCUCGAAGCAGCGACCAGAACUCCAGACGAUCAUCGAGUACGACGCUCGCAGCGAGUGUGUGAUUAUCAAAGGCAGACCGUACUUGCCACACCAGACUGUCCCGAUUUUCUUCAAUCACCUAUUCUACGCUAUUGCGAAGAACCGGGGUCUGCAGAACUUUGACUUUGUAUCGGAUAUGAAAUUGAAGCGUUUCACGUUAGUAUCACCAUUCGAAGAGACGCGGUUAGUCCCGGAAGCGUAUCUGAAAGAAAAGAAGAAAGCCUUUCCAUCCGUCGUACUGCUCAUCGGACCUACCACAUCCAUCAAAAACAUUACCCUGGUAGCUCGACGUUGGCUGAUAGGCACCUUCAGCGAGACCGAGACCGUGAUUGCCUUCACCCUCACCGUCAAUCCAGUUCCAACAUCGGUCUCUGCGCUCAUUCGCUCGAAAAUUUUUGAACGAAACUGGGGGUUAUCCGAUGAUGAGAUACGUAUUUUGUAUAACAACGUUGAGGCGCUUGGUACGCACGUGUUUGACUGGUAUAUGGAAAACAGCACCGUCAAGCUCGGCGGGGAAUGGGUGUCGCAUAUCUACAUCUUCGACCGGAAGAGCCCGAACGCAAAAUCUCCUGUGGCAACAAUACGAUUUUCCGCAAUCGACUACCAAAUUAACACCGAUUCAAUGCAGACGCAGCAAUCGACUAUUUUGGAAGUGCACGAUGAGCCUGUUUUAGAAUUUCAAGGCGAGACGGUGAGAUUAAACGAGCUUGCUCAUAUGCUUCACAGCUGUAUUAAAUUAGAAGCAAAUAAAAUGGCAGUUGCCUUGGCUCGCUGCAAAUUGAACCAGAUUGGAAUAUUGCGAGAGCAAAUACUGUAUGACGGCGUGUGGAGGAAGUACCCAUCUCCGGGACCUGACCAGUCGAAUCAGUAUUUUCAGAAUGCAUUAGGUUACGAGCAAUCAGCGGAUCAGGUAGAAUGA